AGAAAACUACAAGACCAACAACGGAAAAGACAACUCUGCCAACAACACUAGUUCCAACAACACACUUCUCGACGGAAAGAACUACAGCGCAGACCACCGAAAAGACAACCUUACCAACUACCAUUGUCACCACAAAACAAACUACCCACAAAUCUACGCUACCCUCCACAGUACAGCCUACAACCUUGUUCACCACAGACAAAACAACACACAUUUCCACUAUACCAACCACGGCAAAGCCAACAUCCCAGGUCACCACUCUCCCAACUACGGCAAAGCGAACGACAAAAAUAACAUCAGACCAAACUACGCAACCAACAACGGAAAAGACAACUCUGCCAACAACAGUAGUCCCAACCACACACAUCUCGACGGAAAGAACUACAAUACAAAGCACCGGAAAGACAACCUUGCCAACUACAAUUGUUACCACACAAAAAACAACACAACAAACUACCCACAAAUCUACACUACCAUCCACAGUACACCCUACAACUUUGGUCACUACGGUGAAAACUACAAGACCAACAACGGAAGAGACAACUCUGCCAACAACAAUAGUCCCAACAACACACAUCUCGACGGAAAAAACUACAGCACAGACCACAGAGAAGACGACAGUACCAACUACCAUUGUCACCACACAAAAAACAACUCAGCAAACUACCCACAAAUCUACGCUACCAUCCACAGUACAGCCUACAACUUUGGUCACCACAGACAAAACAACACACAUAUCCACUAUUCCAACCACGGCAAAGCCAACAACCCAGGUCACCACUCUCCCAACUACGGUACAGCCAACGACAAAAAUAACAACAGACCAAACUACGAGACCAACGACGGAAAGGACGACUCUGCCAACAACAGUAGUCCCAACAACACACAUCUCGACGGAAAGAACUACAAUACAAAGCACCGGAAAGACAACCUUGCCAACUACAACUGUUACCACACAAAAAACAACACAACAAACUACCCACAAAUCUACACUACCAUCCACAGUACACCCUACAACAUUGGUCACUACGGGUAA